UAUUUAUUGCUGUGCUGGUUGCAGUAUUGAAAGCAAAUGAUUAAUUACAAUUUUUCUUUCACCCUUUAUCUGAAAAUAUUUCAUACGAGAACACAUAGUCGUGAGAUAAACACAGCACAUAUUUGUGGGUGGUUCGAAGUGAUGUGAGUCAUCCAGUCGGGCUGUCAUAGAUGGUGGUUUUGAGUGAAAGUUCAGUGUUUGUGGUCCCGAGAAAAGUUGAAAUAGUCAGUCAGAACGACAGGAUAUUCAUUUGAAAGUACAUAAAACCGAAAGUUAAAGUCCCCGAGGAGAGCCACAGGAUAAAUAAUGUCGCAUAUCUACAACAGUACCAAAGAUAAAAGAAGUAUUUUGCAAUUGCACAACCAAGCGACGGUCCUCAGUGGUUUCAGCUCAUUUGAGGGAGACGAAGAUUUGGGAGACUUUAGUGAAUUUGAUAGUGAAUCCGUGACAUUGGACUACUUCAAAGAGAGUUCCCGGAGACCGUCCGCCUCGAAAAUGGCUCCAACAACAACGAUAGAGACUGUUACCAUCACGCGUCCGUUGAAGGUGAUUGCAUUCAUCUGCGGCCUGAUUGUUAUAAUUCUGAUGAUAAUGGCUUUGGCAUCCACGGACUGGCUCAUGGCUGAGGGUUGGCGCCAGGGACUGUUUGUGCACUGCAUCGAGGAGGAUGUCGUGCCGCCGCUGCCCUUCAACCUGCAAGAUCCGCCGGGAUGCUAUCCCAGUCGCGAUGCCGCGUACAUCAAAGCCACGGCGGCCCUGUGCAUCAUCACACUCAUCACAGACGCGAUCGCCACGCUGCUCACGGGACUCGGGCUCAGGACUCAGGAUCACAACAUGAAAUACAAAUUCUAUCGAAUUGCUGUGCUCGUCAUGCUAGUGGCGCUGAUCUCCAUCCUGAUCGCCUUGAUUCUGUAUCCAGUUUGCUUCGCGGCCGAACUGAACUUGGGUAAUCGUCCAAUAUGGGAAUUUGGGUGGGCGUAUGGCGUUGGCUGGGGUGCUGCCAUUUUCUUAUUUGGAGCCGUUGUCCUCCUCCUUUGCGACAAGGAAUCUGAAGAAAUCUACUACAAAGAACGGAAAAUCGUUCAUGAAUCUCAGAUGCGAGCCUAGGCCAGGCCGCACGCCCUGCCGGAUGUCGUUCUCUAGACAUGUUUUAAGUACAUCAAAGCAUCAUCAAGAGAUAAAGUAUCAUACAAGUUCUUUUGAUCACUUGAUUUCUUUUGGAAUUCAUUUCUUUGGUUUCGACAUCAGUAUAAUUUUUGAUGUUUCUAACUCUAUCUUUUUUUUCUUUCUUAACCAUACAUCAAAGAACAAGUCAUGCUUAAUUUUUUGGAACAGGAAAAGAAGUCAAAAAAAGCAAUUUCAUCAUCCUUUUUGAGAAGUCAAAGACAAAUCAUUUCACUUUCAUGAUCGACAAACAUUUAACCAAUCACGAAAAUAUUGAAGAUAUAGAAUAUUCAGUGUCAUGAUUAAAAUAGAUAAAUAUAAUUGUACUGGAAAUGAAAAAAAAAUAUGGGUGUAAAAUGCCGAAUGGAUAAAAAUUGCAGAGGCAGCUUGAGAAAUAUCAUCCAAACUACCCUCUAAUUUCAACCUGUCCUAUCUUUUUUGUUAAUAUUGUAUAGUAACGUAUCAGGAUUAAUUUAGUUUUUAACGGAACCACACUUAAUUUAAGCACUCCCGCAUUAACUAUUAUACACAAAUCAUCAGAAUGCGGAAUUUCCCUGGAAUUUGAAAAGGAAAAAAUGACAAGUGAACAGCAAGAAUUAUAUAUCGAUGGAACAUAAAUGUUUUCUAUGCUUUCUAAUUGUCUAAUGUGGAAAAAUACACGCGAAGAAAGACAGAAUCAAACUACGUAAUUCAUAGAAUGAAAUUGAAAUCCCUCUUUAAAGCGUUAAUAUAAAGAAAACUGUGUGUGAAAUACGAUAAAUUCUUUCUUUUAUAAAUUAAUUUUAUUGAAUGUGUAAUUGUAUAUUUUCCUUCUCUAUUAUUGAUUUAUUUCGAAAAUGUAAGAAACAUUUCUCUCUCUUGUAUACCAAAAAAAGGAAAGAACAUAUUCGCAAAAGUAAAAUUGUCAAUAUAAAAUUAUAUGGAACAAAAUUUGAGAAAAAAAAUAUGCGGUCAAAAUUGAAAGAAAAAAUUGUAGUCGAAAAUGAACAUAAAACACUCUCGCACAGGAUUUGGGUAAAUUUGAGGUAUAUAUAUAUAUAAAUAUAUAUUAUUUUUUAUCUAAGUAAUUAUAAUUUCGUCAGGAAGCUCAUUUCGACAACAGGAAAUACAUAAAAUGAAAAAUAGCGAAACAUACUGCAGAGGAGAAAUCCACAGAGAAAAUUUGUCCUCAUUUCACAAAGCCAAAGCAUC